AUGUCAAGCCACAAAUUGAAAACGGACGAGACCAAUAAUGUCAAGGAAGAUAUUUCUGCAGUCUCAGAAACGGGCUCGCAUAGAAAGCUGCCGCUAAGCAGGAGAAUCCUAUCCGUCGUUUGGGACUCACUCGACAAGUUGCCUAAGGAACGCAAGUUUAUCAACAAGGUUGACUGCUGGAUCAUGUCGUAUGUGUGUAUGGCAUAUUUCGUGAAAUAUCUCGACCAGACCAAUGUCAACAAUGCAUACAUCUCCGGCAUGAAGGAAGAUCUUAAUAUGUCCGGUCAAGACUAUAAUUAUCUCCAGACUAUGUUCACAGUUGGGUAUUGUCUAGGCAAUCUGCCUUCGCAGCUAAUCAUGACCAAGAUCCGGCCAUCGAUCUGGUUGCCAUCUGUCGAGCUUAUUUGGGGUUGUCUCGUCAUGGCCAUGGCUGCGGCUAAGAACGUCAAGACACUCUACGCUCUUCGCUUCCUCAUCGGAAUCCUCGAGGCCUCCGCAUAUCCAGGUAUCAUAACUCUACUGGGAAACUGGUAUACUCCCCAAGAGCUGGGCAAGCGAUCUGCCAUCUUCGUCUGCAGUGCUAUGAUCUCGCAAAUGUUCUCGGGCUAUUUACAGGCGGGCUUAUAUGCCGGAAUGGAUGGCAAGCAUGGUUUUAGUGCGUGGCAGUGGCUCUUCAUUUUCGACGGAAUCAUCGGUUUCCCUAUUUGCAUCUACGGCUAUUUUGCCGUGCCUGACAGUCCCAACAAUACUAAGGCGAAAUGGUUGAAGCUAGAGGAGAAAGAGAUGGCCAUCGACAGAAUGAAUAAAGUCGGUCGGAAGCCGCCGCGGGGCCUCAAAUGGAGGACCUUCUACGAGGUGUUCACUAUGUGGCCAGUGUAUGUUUUUAGUGUGUCAUUUACAGCCCAUGUCCUUGGCAUCCGGAUCUACAAUUAUUUCAAUAUCUACCUCAAAGCAUCCGGCUACAGCGUUGAAGAUGCCAACCUAAUUCCAACGGCUGCGUUCGGAUUCCAGGCAAUCAUGACUUUGUUAUACGCCUGGUGGAGCGAUGCUACCCAGCAGAGAAUCCUGGUGAUAUAUUUCGGUGUGUUGCUUUCUCUCGCGGGCUGCAUUAUUCUGAGCGUGUAUCCGGAGCACAACAAAGCUGCUAUGAUGGCUGGUUGGUUCCUGACAUAUGCAGAGACUGGGGUCUCGGGCCUGAUUAUGACUAUGUGCAAUGAGCUUCUCUCUUUUUCGACGGAACACCGGCUGAUUGUUAUUGGUGUGGUGGAAACGACCGCUUUUGUCUUCAAUGCAUGGGUGAUCUUGCUUACAUACCCGAGUGGAGAGGCCCCUAAGUUCAGCAUUGGUUAUGAGAUGGCGGCCAUGUUCUUCGCCAUUGAAAUGUGUGCUAUGGGUGUUGCCUGGUACUGCAUGAAGAGAUGGAAGCCCAGUCAGGAAUAG